AUGGACAAAUCUCAGCAGCCUAGUUCCUUCCAGCAGCUGGAAAAGCUCGGUGAAGGCACUUAUGCAACUGUCUUCAAGGGACGCAAUCGCCAGACGGGCGAAAUGGUUGCGCUGAAGGAGAUCCACCUGGACUCCGAAGAAGGCACGCCAUCGACUGCGAUCCGUGAAAUCUCCCUGAUGAAGGAGCUCAAGCACGAGAGCAUCGUCUCCCUCUACGACGUGAUCCACACCGAGAACAAGCUCAUGCUGGUCUUCGAGUUCAUGGACCGCGAUCUGAAGCGGUACAUGGAUACCCGCGGAGACCGGGGCCAACUGGACCCAGCCACCAUCAAGUCGUUCAUGCACCAGCUGCUCAAGGGUAUUGCCUUCUGCCACGAGAACCGCGUGCUGCACCGUGACCUCAAGCCUCAGAACCUCCUGAUCAACAAGAAGGGUCAGCUCAAGCUGGGCGAUUUCGGUCUGGCCCGCGCCUUCGGUAUCCCCGUCAACACUUUCUCCAACGAAGUCGUCACCCUCUGGUACCGCGCCCCGGACGUCCUCCUCGGCUCUCGCACCUACAACACCAGCAUUGACAUCUGGUCUGCCGGCUGUAUCAUGGCCGAGAUGUACACGGGUCGCCCGCUGUUCCCAGGUACCGCCAACGAAGACCAACUGGUCAAGAUCUUCCGGCUCAUGGGAACACCCUCGGAGCGCUCCUGGCCCGGAAUCUCCCAGCUCCCAGAUUACAAGCCCACCUUCCACGUGUACGCCACUCAGGAUUUGGGUGUUCUCCUGCCCCAGAUUGACCCCCUUGGUCUGGAUCUCCUGAACCGCAUGCUUCAACUGCGUCCGGAGAUGCGUAUUAGCGCCAGUGAUGCCCUCCAGCACCCAUGGUUCCAUGAUCUCCCCCAGGUCCAGGCCCAAUUGCAGCAGCAACAGCAACAGCAGCAGAUGGCCGGCGGAUAUGGAGGCAUGGUCCCACCUCAAUCAGCGUACUAG